CCCUCCGCCGGGUCGGGGCCGUCCCGCCGGCUCCGCUCCGGUUCGCCCCGUCGGGUGCGGUCGGUCGGUCGGCGCCGUCGAGGGUCGGGUCGGGUUGGCCGGCGGCGGGAUGCGGGUGGCGGUGGCGGUGCUGGCGGCGGUGCUGGCGGCGGUGCUGGCGGCGGUGGGGACAGCCCUGCCCCGCCCGGGACUGUUCCCGCACGGCCCGGCCCGCGGCGAUGCCCGGCUGCGGCCCGGGGACGACGAGAGCUCUCCGGGGCUGCCGCUCCGCCGGGCCCUGCGCCUCUACGGCCGCGCUGCCCGCCGCCUCUACGUGGGGACCAACGGGGUCAUCUCCACCCAGGAUUUCCCCAGGGAGACCCAGUACGUGGAUGACGAUUUCCCCACAGACUUCCCUGUCAUCGCUCCCUUCCUGGCCGACCUCGACACCUCCGGGGGCAGAGGGAACAUCUACUACCGGCAAGAUGACUCUCCAGAUGUGCUGGACCAGGCUGCAAGCUACAUCCAGGCUGGCUUCCCCAGCUCUGCCAGCUUCUUCGUGCCCACCAAUGCCUUCAUCACCACUUGGCAGGAUGUGGGUGCCUACCAGGAGCUCUCACAGGACGCUCAGCCCUCCAAGAAGCUCAACACUUUCCAAGUGGUCAUAGCCUACGAUGAUGAGGACACCUACACCAUCUUCCUCUACCCUGAGGGUGGCCUCCAGUUCCUGGGGACACGGCCCAAGGAGUCCUACAAUGUCCAGCUGGAGCUACCAGCCAGGGUGGGCUUCAGCUGGGGGGACGGCGAUGACCCAAAGAGGGACGGGCUCUUCCACAGCCUGGCCAGCAGUGAGCAGGCUCUGAGGCAGCUGGAGCGGGAGAGCAACACUGGGGUGCCCGGCGUGUGGGUCUUCCACGUGGGCAGCACAGCCCCCCUGGAGCAGGUGGAGCCGGGGGGCAGCGGGGGACAAAGCCCCGAUGUGCUGCCAAGUGCCACACACCACGUCUCCGGCACCACCGACCGUGCAUCCACGGAGCAGCUGGCCCAGCACAGCUUGGAGCCCACCUCACCCCAUCCCCACCAUCGACCAGCACUGCUGGGCGUUGUCCCCAGGGGGCUGCCUGUGUCCCCCGGGCAGGAGCGGAGCCGCCGGCUGCCCCCCGAGGGGGACGGCAGAGCCCGGCAGAGCUACUCUGCCAACCCCCUGUCCUACAGCUCCGGCCACCACGGCGUCGGCGUGGAGGAAGAUGAACAUGUCAAUCCUGACAUGUUCACCUACAGUGCAGCCAGCAAGGAGACGUGUGCCCAGCACCAUGGGCGCUGCUCCCCACACGCCUUCUGCACCGACUAUGCCACCGGUGUCUGCUGCCACUGCCGGGCCACCUACUAUGGCAACGGGCGCCAGUGCCUGCCUGAAGGGGCCGUGCAUCGCCUCAACGGGAAGGUGAGCGGGAACCUGAGGGUGGGACGGGCGUCCAUCAGCUUCCAGGAGGUUGAUCUCCACGCCUACAUCGUGGGCAGCGAUGGCCGGGCCUACACGGCCAUCAGCGGGGUGCCCCAGCCCGCUGCCCGGGCCCUCCUGCCCCUCCUGCCCAUUGGUGGGCUCUUCGCCUGGCUCUUCGCCCUGGAGGAACCCGGCGCCGAGAACGGCUUCAGCAUCACGGGUGCUGAAUUCACCCAGAGCCUGGAGGUGACCUUCUACCCUGGGGAGGAGACCGUCUACGUCACUCAGACAGCUGAGGGCCUGGGGCCAGACAAUUACUUAAGCCUUAAGACACACAUCCAGGGCCAGGUGCCAUUCCUCCCGGAGAACGUCACUGUCCACAUCACUCCCUACAAUGACCUCUACCACUACUCCAGCUCAGCUGUGAUGUCUUCUGCUCGCCGGGAGUACGUCCUGGUUGCUGGGACGGCCAACCAGACCUUGUCCUACCGCCUGCACCAGAACAUCACCUUCUCUGGCUGCCCUCACGCCCGCCUGCCCGCCCGGCAGCAGCUGGUGGUGCCUCGCGCCUUCGCCCUCUACGACCACCAGGAGCACGUCCUGCGCUACGCCCUGGCCGCCCGUGUCGGCACAGCACCAGAUGAUGCUGAGAAUCCCCUGGUGAACCCGUGCCACGAUGGCACACACGCCUGCGAGGCGACGGCGCGCUGCCAGCCCGGUGCAGGGAUGGAGUACGUGUGUGAGUGCCCAGCUGGGUACCGCAGGGAUGGACGGGGCUGCCGAGAUGUGGACGAGUGUGCCGAGGGCCUGAGCCACUGCGGCCCCUUCAGCAGCUGCCUGAACGAGCCGGGCAGCUACCGGUGCGAGUGCCGCAGCGGGUACCGGCCGGCGGGGGACGGGCAGUCCUGUGUGCCGCUGGUGCCAGUGACCAACCCCUGUGAGGACGGGAGCCACCCCUGCGCACCGGGGGACCGGGCUCGCUGCCUGCCCCGUGCCGGGGGCCCUCCCGCCUGCCAGUGCCUGCCCGGGUAUGCUGGUGAUGGCAUCCACUGCUCUGAUGUGGAUGAGUGUGCUGAAAACCCGUGUCACCCGGCUGCCACCUGCUACAACAGCCCAGGCUCCUUCUCCUGCCAGUGCCAGCCCGGCUACCAGGGUGAUGGCUUCCAGUGCACGCAUGAAGGGAUGACGCAGCGGCUGACCCCCUGCCAGCACGACCAGAUGUACCCACGGGCAGUGCCACCGGGACCCUCGCCGGUGGGUGACGGACACGUGCCCCAGUGUGAGGAGGACGGCGGGUACCGGCCGCUCCAGUGCCACGGCAGCACUGGGCACUGCUGGUGCGUGGACGCUGCAGGGCAGGAGAUCGCCGGCACCCGGACGGCACCGGGCAGCACCCCGCCCCGCUGCGGGACCCCAGGGUCCAUCCAGCAGCUGACUCCCUGUGAACACGAGCGGCUGUACCCGCGGGCGGUGCCACCGGGACCCUCGCCGGUGGGUGACAGACACGUGCCCCAGUGUGAGGAGGACGGCGGGUACCGGCCGCUCCAGUGCCACAGCAGCACCGGGCACUGCUGGUGCGUGGACGCUGCGGGGCAGGAGAUCGCCGGCACCCGGACGGCCCCGGGCAGCACCCCGCCCCGCUGCGGGACCCCAGAGCCCACCGAGCGUCCCCCCAGCAUGUGCGAGCGCUGGCGGCAGAGCCUGCUGGAGCACUACGGGGGCAGCCCCCGCCGGGACCAGUACGUGCCGCAGUGCGGGGCGGGGGGCGAGUUCAGGCCCCUGCAGUGCCACGGGGACAGCGGGUACUGCUGGUGCGUGGACCAGAGCGGCCGGGAGAUCCAGGGCACGCGCUCCGAGCCGGGCACCACCCCUCCCUGUCUCCCCAGCGUCGCACCGCCCAGCGUCCAGCCCUCGCCCCGCCCCGACGUGUCCCCACCAGCCUCGGGGACCUUCCUGCUCUACGCUCAGGGGCAGCAGAUCGGCUACCUGCCCCUCAACGGGACGCGGCUGCAGAAGGAGGCGGCCAAGACCCUGCUCUCCCUCCAUGGCUCCAUCGUGGUGGGGAUCGACUAUGACUGCCGGGAGAAGACCAUCUAUUGGACCGACGUGGCCGGCCGGACCAUAAGCCGGGCGAGUCUGGAGUCAGGUGCUGAGCCAGAGACCAUCAUCAGCUCAGGGCUCAUCAGCCCCGAGGGGCUGGCUGUGGACCACCUGCGCCGGGCCAUCUUCUGGACUGACAGCGGCCUGGACAAGAUCGAGAGAGCCCGGCUGGACGGUUCCCAGCGGCGGGUGCUCUUCGACACGGAGCUGGUCAACCCCCGGGCCAUCACGGUGGACCCUGUCCGAGGGAACCUUUACUGGACGGACUGGAAUCGGGAAGCACCCAAAAUUGAAACUUCCACUGUCAACGGAGACAACAGGAGGGUCCUGGUGAACAGGGACAUUGGCUUGCCCAACGGUCUGACGUUUGACCCCUUCUCCAAGCUGCUCUGUUGGGCAGAUGCAGGAACAAAGCACCUGGAGUGCACGUUCCCUGACGGCACGGGCCGGCGGGUCAUCCAGAACAACCUCAACUACCCCUUCAGCAUCAUCAGUUAUGCCAACCACUUCUACCACACGGACUGGAGACGGGAUGGUGUGAUAGCCAUCAAUAAAGAAACUGGCUCCUUUACUGAUGAGUAUCUUCCAGAGCAGCGAUCACAUCUCUAUGGAAUAACUGCAGUUUAUCCCUACUGCCCUGGAGCAAAGAAGUAACAGCUGCUCUUUGGAGAAACAAUCAUCUUUGCACCCAGAAGAACUUCAGACCCAGGAAACUGUCACUGCAUACAACUAAGGGGGGGAAAAAACCCUUAAACCAAGGCCCACGAAGAGAUCUACUUUCCUGCAAAAGCUGAUCAAGUAUUUUUUGAAGUUAUACCUCAAGUCUUUACUACUGUAUUUUUUUUAAGUGAAAAACAUGGAUAUCUUACCAAAAAAAUGGUCCUGUGAAUCUCAGACCAUUGCUCUAACUCUUGCUUAUACAAGCAAAUUUAAAAUGUAGCUUUCUUUUUCAAAUGUUUGAUUUUAUUGGAAGAAGAAUGGAUUCAUUUUUUUUUUAAUAAGUUUUGACAAUCUGACCAACGGGUCCUUAAAUCCAAAACCAAGUGCUAUGGGGAACUCUGGCUGCAGUACCUUGCUGGGUCUGGGUAAUCCACAGCCCUGAAGGCAGAGACUCUGUGUGCCCAGAAGUGUGCAGAACAGUUAUGGGAUAUGGCAAAGGCAUGGAAAUUUGUCCAGAGGACAAGUCUGUAUUUUCACCACUGCCUCAAUGCAUGUCUUUUAGUAUUUAUAUUAGAAGAAUAUGCUAGAAUUGAUCUGUUGAUGCUUGUUGGUUCUCCUAAGUGCCUUCCUAGACCUACCCAGUGUAGACCAAUACAUGUUCAGAAAUACCAUUUACGUUGUAACGCUUCACUUUUUUCUAGGUUACUUCAAUAAUUGAAUAAACUGGUUGGUUUAAGUUUC